AUGGCACCCGAAAUCAGAGUUCUGUCGCUGAAGUACCACUCCUUCGAAAACAAGACCGCCAAGUCUGUGCUUUCCACUAUUCUCGAACUCUGUCCGGCUUUAUCGGAGCUGAGACUUAGAUCGUACGAUCCAGGCAAUAUCUUUGACACCGUCAUGGCUAAGCUUGACAAACUACCAGGUUUCAAUACGCUACAUCUGUUGGAGCCACCUCACCAUUUGCAGUAUAAAGUGACCGUGGAGUUCUUCGAGGGUAGUGCAGGAGUCGAUCCACGAUGUCUGAUGUUCUUCAGAAAGGGCAUCCUCACCAGGUUUUCGACUCUGGAGUCUCUUCCAGAAUCAGAGAAGGCAAAGCUGAUCACGAUCCUAAGCCAGAAUCCAAAACUCUCUGAAGUUCAGCUCAAGUGCGCCAACAGCCAGUUCCUUGCAACGAUCAAACUGGUUGUAUCGAUGAGAGAGAAAUGGAAGGCAGAGGGACAUGCUCCAGCACUUCGGCGCCUUGAGCUUUCAGCCGUCGACGGCACCGAAGACAUCGCGUCCUCAGUACAUCUCUCGGACGGAUCUGACAUAUCCGACAUGACCACUACCUUAAACACCAUCUCCAUAUCCGACCGGGACUACCUUCCCUCGCUAUUCCGUCAAUAUGGCUGGUCUAUCACAACCCUAGACAUGACUCUGAAGGACAACUUUGUGUUCGCACUGGACAAAGCAACCGAAGACAGAGGAUCAAAGCUCACGACCUUGAUCGCCGCCCAAGUGUACUUAUCGUCAGAAGGAUUAAACUGUAUGGAUCGGAUCGCUGCUCGUUCGCAUCAUCUGCAACACUUCGAACUCUUCCUACAUGACGAUGCGCUCGUCGAUACACAGUCAAAGCCUAUGCGUCUGCUACAUCGCCAUAAAGAGCGACUUACCACGUUGAAGGUUCAGACCACGUCCGACCCACGGCUGCCACAGCUUAGAAAGACAUUCCCCGUAAGACAGCACUUACCCAAGUUGAAUACUCUCCUGAUCCGAUGCUCAAGGAAGGGACCUUUCCCGCCAGUCUCCAUUUCAUGGCUGGCCGCAAUGGUCUCGACUCCUCCGCGUCGCCAAAAUGAGGCAUCACCGCCCAUCCUAUCAAGUUCAGGGGACCUCCUGACGGGAUCAUGCUCCUCCAAGUCCACAAAUAACAACAACGACUAUAACAACAACAACAACAACAGCAGCAGCAGUAUCUCUCAGGCAUGGGAGCCAAUGAAACAACUCCAGAUCAGUAACUUUGAUCUUCAGCCCCAAGACUGGAAGACGGUUAUCGAGGCACUUGAUAUUUGUACGCUGGAGACCUUGGAUUUCAGCAACAGCAACUUCUCGAGGGAUGAGCUCAAGAUACUGGUUGGGCGCAUUCCAGAUGACGACGGUGGUUCUGCGGUCCUAUUGAGAAGCGUAAACUUUGCGUCCAUGGAUCUUUCAGAUGACAUUGGGGAUGAAGGAAAAUCGUUAUGUAGAGCAUUGGAGGAGAAGGCGCCGUUUAUCAGGAUCACCCUACACGGUGCUAAGACGUCGAACUAG